GUUUUUAGUGCGGUUGCGCCACGCACACGCUCGCCUGCGCCCGCGCCACAGAAAUAACGUGGAAUAUCGGUCACACACUGAGCGCGGAAUGAACGCAUCGGUUUAAUUGCCGGCCGGCGCAGCACUAUCGUGCUGGACGCUGAACGCGCCGCGCGCCGCGCUUCCGCUCGACAUUUAAAAUUCGGGAGAAAAAGCGCGCGAACGCGACGCGCGCUAUUCCGACGCGGGAAUUCCAAUUUUAAAGUUUUGUUUUGUUGUUGCCAAUGUCAAGUGUUUUGUUAAUUUUUUUUUCAACGAGUCUUUAAUAAUACUCAAUAUUAAAAAAACAUAAAAAAAAAUAAGCAAAAAUAUUGUCGCUAUCGCAAAGGUCACUGGAUGAGUUCGUCGAUGUAUAAUUAGGAAGAAACGCGAUAAGCAAUCGCGGUCGAGUGCAAAUGUCGCCGAUAUGAUGCGCUAGAGCGGCGGCGUGCGCGGGCGGCUCCGCGUGCACUGUUCGAUCAUCGCAGCGGCUCGAGUACAAUGGAGACGUCAGCCGCGCUCCUUUCGCGGAAUCCCGCGCGUUGAAUCACACACCGGUUAUCGUGUUUUGAACGGUGAACGGCGUGAUGUCGUGUGAGGUCGCAAGUUGGAUUCCGAACGCGGUGGCGGCGACACUGCGCGCGGAACGCUCCGCGCCCUGCGUAGUCGAGUGGCUCACGCUUCUGCGAGCCUCGAUAGAAGAGUACGACCCGCUGGUGACGGUGCGCCCGCCCUCGCCGGACGAGGAGAGCUGCGGCCGCGACACACCGGACAGUGCGUUCGAUGAAAUCCUCUCACAGCUUGGCAAAGAGAUCUUCAAACUCGACGAAUAUCAAAGAAACCUCGUGCCGGCGGAGAAAGAAGUGUCGCUCAGCAUUCUGAACAUAUUCGACGAGUGCCUGGAACACAUGACGGACACGCCGCGCGACACGCGCCAGGACGCCGGCGACGAGUGCAGUGACUGUGAAUCCACCCUAUCGGACGUCUCGUUCGUGACGAGCACACCCGCCAGGAGUGUGAGAGUGACAAGUGACAUAAACAAUAUAUUCGAUAAGGGCGACGGCACACCGGUGCCGCCGAGACGGACCAAGCUCAAGACACCGUCGACGUCGUCGUCGAUAUACGAUAACAUGGAGGUGAGCGGUGACGUGUGUGUGCAAGUGGCUCAGCGGCGGGAGUCGGACAGCGACUCGGCCAGCACGUGCUGGAGCUACAAGGAGUGCAGUGUGGACGCGGAACCGGAGAAGGAGCCGUACGCGGCGGUGUGGUCGCACUCGACCGGCUUCCACAACUCGGACGAGAUAUUACGCCGCGUGUUGUCACAACACCACGCGACCAUAUCGAGACUGUCGUUCGACACGGCGAGCGACUUCGAAACGGCCCGGUACAGUGUGUACGCAAUGCACGAGGUGGGAGACAGGUGCGCGGACGGGCCAGUCGCCGCGAUGACGCCCGACCGGCCGACCGACGACGGGUACGAGCUCGUGCGCGACGCGAUCACCGACGAGAACAUAUACGAGGAGAUCGACUACGGCUGCAGCUACACGGACGAGGGCUGCUCCUGCGGCACCAGCGUCGAGGUGGAGAGCUGCUCCAUCAGCGCCAGCUCCGAGGGCGUCGACCGGGACAGCCCGCUCUACGCCAAUCUCCGGGAUCACGACGCGUACGCGAUCCCGGCUGACGUCAUAUACUGGAAGAAUCUGCUCCUGGACCCAUUCUACAACGACGACGAGGAGGAUGAAUGGAUAACCCCAGAAGAAUGCGCGGUUUACACGCGAGAGCAGCGGCCGCCGCUGGUGAUACCUCGGAUCACGCAGUACAACAGGGUCCCGAGACGGCUGCAGAUUGCCCAACCUUAUCUAGAGGAGAAUAUAAAAGAGGGUGCGUCGAUGAAGAGCUCGGUGCAGCAAUACGAGCGGCUCCAGAACUGGAGCCCCACCUCCGAGCGCAGCCGGGCUGACAUAGAGCGCAGCUUCAACAAGGCCAACUCUGACAGCCCGCCGUUCCCCAGGAUCGACAAGCGGCUGGGAGGUUCCACCGAGAACCUGCUCCUGGCGAAUGUGAACCGGUCGAAUCGCCUCCAAAUCCCGGCCUCUUCGUCCGGGGACAGCCUGGAUGUGGAGAUCCGGGAUCGGGAGCUGCCGUACGCGCGCAGCAGGAAGUCCAGGUCAAUGGUCGCGCCGAAGCACCGGAUGCGGUCACCCAUACCGGCGCCGCGGCAUCAGCUUAUAACCGAGGCUCCCGUAAUUAAGGAGGGCCUCGUGAAGCGAACGAAGUACUUCGACGGCAACAAGAAGAGCAAGAAGAACUGGACGGACUGCUAUAUGGUGCUAACUACCACCAGGCUCCACUUCUACAAGGACCAGAGGACUUACCAGUCGACGAAGGGCGCGGAGCUGACGCUGACGCUCAACAACGCGCGCGUGUUGCAGUGCGGCCCGAUGCACACCCGCAGACAUACUCGUUCUCUUGUCUUGAACGUGGGUUUCGACCAGUACUUGAUACAGGAUGAGACGGAAGAAGGUGCCAGGACGUGGUUUCAGGCGAUAUGGAACGUUAUAUACGCACUGUACCCGAACAUGGGCGACUCCCUCAUGCAGCAGCAGAGGAGCAACACCGACCUCGAGAGCCUCGGCCGCACGCCGCCCUCCGCGCGACACGCCUACAGGAACAAACAGAAAGCUGGCGGCAGUAGCAACGAGGAUUUAAGCGAAUCAACAGAAGGUUCGGUACAAAAAUCGCAUGUGCGAACUAGAUUAAAGAAGUUCUUCGCGAAACGGCCCGCCAUUGAGAUGCUCGUCAAGAAAGGGAUAUACAAAGAUGAGCCAGUAUUCGGUCGCAACCUGGACGAGGUGUGCCCAGCGACGAGUCCGCGCGUGCCGGAGUUCGUCGUCGAGUGUGUGAGGGAGAUAGAGAGCAGCGAGGAGAACAUGUGCACCGAUGGAUUGUACAGAGCAUCGGGGAACUUGAGCCAGGUGCAGAAGAUACGGUUAGAGAUCGACCAGAACAAUCUGUCAGUGAUAAAGAAUAACAACGAUAUCCAUGUACUGACGGGCUCGCUGAAGCUGUUCUUCAGAGAGCUGAAGGAGCCGCUCAUACCUUACGCGAUAUUUGACCGCGUGCUCGCCGCUUGUUCAAUAAAGCCAAGAGAUGCGAAGAUCAAGGAGUUCCGGGACAUCGUGCAAGCUCUCCCGCUCUGCAACAGAGAUACACUCAAGUUCUUAUUAGAGCAUUUAUUAAGGGUAACAAAAUACAGCGAACGCAACCGAAUGCAUACAGCCAAUUUAGCCAUCGUGUUUGGUCCCACACUACUGUGGGCGCCGCCGGAACUAGCGCACAACAUCGCAGUAGACUGCAUACAACAGAACAACGUCGUCGACAUCCUCCUGAACGACUUCCACGACAUAUUCGACGACAAAAACAAAAAGAAAGCGUGACUAUGGAAUCGCGCGUUCCGGUAAAUGUAUGUUAUCUAUAGCAUUUUAAAACGCGUUCCAAAUACAAAUUUUGCACGGAGUGACUCAAACGCGUUCCAAAUUCAAAUUGACUAGUGGCGUUCCAGAGCGCGCUGUUUGACAUUUUUAGCAUUAAAUGCUAUUUACGCGGGAAAAUAAAUAGUAUCACAUUAGAUUUAUUGUGUUUAAAUCGCAUUGUGACUUGAUAACUUAUUGAAGCCAGUGGCGUAUGAUUUGUACACAUAAUGCUUUAGGAAAUGAAUAUUUAAAAAUAGUUAUUAAAACACCUAGAUCGUAGGUUAGCAUAUAUCUAGCCUAACCUUAGACCUAAGGUUGUGUUCCUAAAUCUACGUCGCUGGGUCCACACAGGUUCUGUGCGAAAAGAGAUUGUACUCUCUGCGUAUGUUUAAGUGAUGUCCAAAAAUGCAAAUACAUAAAAGUUGUUUUAGUUUGUACUUUAUAUUACUCUACAUUUUUAUUGCACUUUUCUUUUCGAGAAAUUGUUGAAAAUAUUUUUAUAUAUUUUGCAAAUUACGCCAUGAAAACAGCCUUUACAAGUCGUUAGUUAAAAAAACCACUGUAUUCAAUAUUGUAACAUAUUUAUUGUUCUCAUUUUCAAAAAGAAACAUAAUUUAUCGGUAAAGACAGAAAUUACUGAUCUCUAUAUUUACUUUUAUUUAUAACACAAUAAAAUUUAGACUGUAUAUUGUCAUUUUCUUUCAAAAUAUAAUAAGAACUACGAAGAUAUAAAUUACAAAUAUAUUAUGUUAAUGGCAUAAACAUUGUCAUACUACAUGAAUGGGAAUGUCCUGUAUGUAUGUGUCUUUGUGUUGUGAUCGUGAAGCGAUAUACGUGAAGACUGCAUGAGGCUCUACAAAUAGUAUAUUUGAACAAAACUUGUCAACUGUCAAACUUGUAAUCGAUUCUUUAAAUGUCAUCGGAUAAGAAUCGUAAUCGAUUUAAACAAAUAUAUUAACAUUUGAUUUGAUCAACGUAGAGUCGAAAUUAAUUUCAAAAAUGAUUUUAAAUCGAUAUGAAAACCAAACAUAAGACAAUAAGAGACAAAUUUUGUUCAAAAUAAAUAAAGAGAAUGUUAUAAAGCAUAUAUAUUUAUAGUACAUAGAAGUGUAAAGAGAUGUUAGAGUAUGUAAUAUUUUAACAGCAUUAUUUUUGGGGCCAAAUAUGUAUAUAAUGUGUCCUACAUUUGUAGAUUUAGGCUUCAAGCCAAGUGUAUACUUUGUGCCUUACGAUGGUUAGUUUUCAUACAAAUAAUUGAAAUAAAACCUAUUUUUGUAUUAAAUUCAAUGUGUCAAAAAUUCUUGUUAGAGAAAUUAUUAUGCCAAUUUUGAAAAAAAACAUUGAUUUCUAAGUGUUUUCAAAUAGUUCACAUCGUUUCAAAACAGUUAAAUAAAUAUUAUGGUUGGGAAUUAAAUAAAUUUCCUUAUUCACCGCAUAAAUAUAGACCUAAAUUCAGAUUAAAACUAUUUAAGUGAAUUUAUUCGUAAAGACAAAUUAUUUUGUAUGAAAACUAACAAUCUAUUCGAAUUUGUAAAUAUUCAUCAUAGAUGAUAAUUUAUUUGUAUAAUGUGAUACGGUCGGAGUUGUUAUACCUAGUUUAUUGUUGUAAUACUUAUAAUUUAAAGCUUGCAUCGCCGUCUAGUCCUUAACUCUACGGACUUCAAAAUUAAUAGCUCCCCCACGCGUAAACAUCUCGUAGGCAUGUGCCUCUGCCCACCCUAUAAGAUAAAGCGUGAAUUUCCAAUAAAAUACUCAACGAAACACGAGUAAGCUAGUAACCAAAGUUUUUUAUUUCGGCUGAGGUAGAUUUUAUGUCAUAUAUCGUUGUGUUAUAAUAGUUAUGCAAAUAAUGCUUGGACAUAGUGAAGAUACAAAAUUAAAUAUGAGAACAUU